CAUAAUUACAGCUCCUUCUCUUUCCUUCUAUUUGCAUUAGCAGCCCAGAGAGAAACUCUCCCUCGAGUUUUCUCGGGAUCCACAAGCCAUGGUUACUCUAAAUCAGAUCCGAGCCUCCAACUCCAUAGUCGGGACGAGUUUGGGCCCCGGCCUGGUGGCCGUCUUCGCCGGCGCGACGAGCGGCAUCGGCGAGGCCACGCUGAAGCAGUUUGUCAAGCAUGCCGUGAAGCCCCGGAUCUACUUUCUCGGGCGGUCCAAGGGCUCGGGCGACCGGGUGCGGGCCGAGCUGCAAAAGAUCAAUCCCGAGGGCGAGUACAACUUCAUCAGCGUCGACGUCAGCCUGCUCCGCUCGGUGGACGACGUCUGCCGCGAAAUUGGGGCCAAGGAGUCGGCCAUCAAUCUUCUGUUCCUGAGCACGGGGACGAUAGUGAGAGGAAACGAGACCGCCGAAGGCCUGCACUACUUUGCCGCCGUGGCCUACUACGCCCGGAUGCGUUUCGUCGUCAACCUCCUGCCGCUGCUGCAGCGCGCGACCGGCCUGCGCCGGGUCGUCACCGUCGCCGCCGGCACCAAGGAGGGCCUUGUGGACGCGGGCGACAUGCAGGGGCGCAGGGCUUCCGUGCGGGCCCUGCGCGGCCACGUCGCCUCGCUCGCGACGCUCGCCCUCGAGGCCGUCGCCGCCCGCCGCGCCCCGGGCGUCGCCUUCGUCCACGACUACCCGGGCUACGUCCAGACUCCGCUCGGGCAGAGGGACGCCACCGGCCUCACCGCCGUCGUCCUGGCUGCCGCCAACGCCGUCCUCGGCCUGCUCGCCCCGCUCAUCGCCGUCCCGCUCGACGAGUCGGGAGAGCGCCACCUGUUCCUGGCGACGAGCGCCCGGUUCCCGCCCCGCGAUAUUAACGGCGACGGCGGCGGCAGCGAGAGCGGUGGUGGCGACGGUAGCGGGGUCCCGCUGCCGGCCGGGGUCGCCGUCGCGCGCGGGACGGAUGGCGAGACCGGCAGCGGCGUGUACUCGGUCGACCAGGACGCCGAGAGCGCGCCGGCCAAGGUCGAGCGCCUCCUCGACGGGUUGAGGAAGGACGGCACGGCCGAAAAGGUGUGGACCGAUCUCGAGACGGAGUUUGUCCGCAUCACCGGGGCUACGUCUAUAUGA